UCGAGCUUGCCUCCUGGCACGAGCUGACCCCAGGACACAGGAGUUGGCCCGUCUAGUGUUGGAGGAGUGACAGAGACAGUUGGGGAUGUUUAGGGAGUUGCCCCCUGACGCACAGGCGGCCGGCGAUGUCGACCCUAUGACAGAGGUUCGCUACGAGACGCAGGCGGAGGCAACUGUGCUCCAACCAGAUUUGGCAGGGAUGCAGGGGGAGGCAGCUGUAGGCCCAGGGACAUCAGCAGAGUUGCAUGGGGAGGCAGCUGGCGGCGGCGACGACAGAGCCGAGACGGGUGGAGGGACAAUAGUUGGGGUGCCGGGGGAGGCAGAGGGUUUGCAUGUGACUGCGCUCACCACACCAGGCGACCCGCGUCCAGUGCCCGACCAGCGUCUUCAUGACAGGCAGAGGACCAAGGAUGCUUUCCUUGAGACUGAGGAGAUACCUCUUGGUUUGGAGGAUAUACAGACGGGUCAGUCAAUGGGCGUUGAUGACGACACAACAUUGGCACGGGCAGAGGACGAUGGCGGGGCUGGAGCGAGACAGGAGGUGAUCGGCACGCCUGACAGAGGGAGGCAUGAGGCGUCGCGGAGCUUGGUGGUUCGCAUAGCCGUGGGCCCGGUUGUGCGACAUGAGGAACCAUUUCCUAUAGAUCCGAUGCGUCCUGCGGGUGGUGUCGCCUCGAUCGUCGAGCGACGUAUAGGCAGGGGCAUGUGCGCGCCUCCGAUCCCCCGUUUCGCACCGUCUAGGGAGAGGACACAGUCGCGGUAUGUGCCGCAUCCUCGCGGCACCCUUCCAUUCGACUGUAUGACCGCCGAGGAGUUGGAGGCGCAUGGCACGAUGGAUUACACCGGGAUAGACACCGGUCGACCGGACUUGUCUUGGGCGCCAACCAGCCCGAGCUUGCCAUCUGGAGGUUCUAUUGCAGUGCCCUCUCAAGGGGGUGCAGGGCCCUUGUCACGGGGGUCCGCAGAUGUCCAGCCGCAUGACAAUCAAAACGAGGUCGGCUGCUCACAGACAGAGAGACACGAGCGACCACGGACGGGACACGAUGUUGUUCGGUCGCACUGAUCGGCCAUGGAGCGAGACGAGA